AUGUCUCAAAUGUCGGCUUAUGCUAAGUUUUUGAAGGAAAUCCUCUCCAAUAAAAGGAAACUAGAAGAUGAGCUCAUCACCUUGCCAUACCAAGUAAGUGCUCUAGUGCAAUGUGCCAUGCCUAAGAAGCAAAGAGACCCCGGAAGCUUCACCUUGCCGGUGAAGAUAGGUGACUUGGAGCCUAAAGGAGCGUUGGCCGAUUUAGGAGCAAGUGUGAUUUUGAUGCCUUUAUCCAUAGCUAAGCACCUAAAUCUUCCUCUUUAUCCUACACCGAAGACUAUUCAAUUGGUGGAUCGAACUGUGAGAGUGUCACAUGAUCUGUUUUUUGGUUUCUCUGGAAGUUUUCUUCGUCAGAAAUGGAAGGAAAUUGAUAGAAUUUUGCGUCUCUCUACUCUAGAUCUCUGA